UUGUUAACUUCCUAUACCGGUACCCUUCGGGUUCAUCAGAGCAAAGUUCGAGUGCGUAAAAAUGACCCAACCGUACGUAAUCCGUGUUAUGGAGGAGAUGGGCUGGGGUACCGACCGGAGUUUCAUUCCGAUUGCCAACGAGGCCAACAAAAAACUGCUGGAAUAUGUCAACCAGCUGGGUGAUCGAAAGACAAACUGUACCGGGCGGGUGCAGGACAGCGAUCGGCGGCUGGCCAACCUGCAGGUGCACCUGAAAAAUGCCAAAGUGGAGUUCGAACAGAAUCAGAAUCUGAUGGGUGCGGACAAGAGCCAAAUCGAUACGGAGCACAACAUGCUGAAGCUGGCGGAAAAUGACAGUGGCCGGUUGCGGAAGCUGGCCAAAGAGGCACAAUGUGAAACGGAGGAACUGGAGAAGCACGAUCAACGUUCGCAGAAGGAAAUAAAACGACUCGCCGCCAGCAUGGAGCGCCUUACCGAGCGAAUCAAGUGGGCCAAGGCAGCGCUGCUCGAGUGGCAACAGGUGAUGGGAAGCGGCGACGAAACCAACAAACUGAUCGCCAGGUACAGCCGACAGGAUGCGGGCCGUGCCGAGGGGUUGGAAGUGAAGCGGAAGAUUCUCGAAGUGAAGGUUUCCAAGCGGCGUACUACUCUGGUUGAUCUAGCCGAAGAAUAUCGCUCACUGGAGCAGGUCCUGGAGCGCACCUCUCAGCUCUACCGGCAAGCGCAUUCCGAACGCAGACAGCUGGUACUAACGUGGAAGGAAGCCGUCAAGCAUAUGAACCAACGUGAGGAAGAUAUCAAGACGGUGGAAGCUGAGAUCGAACGGGCACGGGAGUUGAGCGCUUUGCUGAACGAGGAUCUGCAGGCGCAGGUUGAUUUUCUGGAGGAGCAGCAACGAAAUAACAGGGAGAUAGAGAUAGGCAUAGCUGAAUUGAAUGUGGAUGCUUCAAAGCUUCGAAACCGGCUGAAUACUUUGACGGAUCACGUACAGCUCAGAACCAACGAGUAUCAAGUUACGAGAAAGGCUGUUCAAAACAUUUCCAACAAGCUGACAAGCAUGCGCAAUAAGAACCGCCGAGCGUUGGCGGAAGAAGUAGAGAAGGAGAAGCAAAUCAACGUAAAUCUGAGUCUGUUAGAACAAUUGAGAGACAAGUACGAGAACUUCAAAAGUAAAACGUUGUGUGCGCAAGAACGGUUGCGACAACUGAAUGAGAUUGUAGAACAGGAGGAGAAACAGAUGAAAGUACUGAGCGAUGAGACGGCACGGCUGUCUUCAGCGCUUUAUCGAGCACAAACUCAGCUAUUGGCAUUGAAAGAUGAGGACAAACUGUUGAAGAUCGAAAUAGUUUCGCUGGAGUCGGGAAUUGUUAAAAUUAAAGCAGCGAUGAAAGUUCAGGAAAGAGAAAUCAUUAGACAAAUGGAGAUCUCUUACAACGUGGAUUACAAUAUGGAAAAGAUUGCAAUGCGUAUAGCAAACAUGCGUGGGGAGAACAAGCAAGAGGGCGCUAAUCGAGCACAUGCUAAACUAAUGCAAGCGGAAUCCAUACUUUCGGCCAGGAAGCAAAACUACUCGUUGCUGCAAACACAAAUAUCUAAAGUUCAGAUAGAUUUCCGUUACUUGAAUACGAUUUAUCAGCAGGACAGUGAAGACAUUGAGCGAAUGACUGGCAAACUGAAGGAAAAGAUAUUGAUAGUGGAAGGAGGGGAGAAGAAGUUGCGACAAUUUACGACUGAAAAUCAGGAGCGAUUGGUCGAAAAGAGUCUACUGAAGAUGAGGAUCAAUCAGAUGGAAUCGCGAGUAAAUAAACAGAAUGAUAAAAUGUACACAUUGGAACGGCAUCGCAUGGAGCUGGAAACGGCGAUCAACGAACGAUUGAUUGAUAUACGUUCGCAAAAGGAUAUGCUGCUGUUGAAGAAGAAGUAUCUGCAGGAUGAACGGGCACAGCUUAAAGCGGACAUAAGUGAGAGAGCGCUUAAGAUCGAACAGUUGAAGAAUCGUUAUGAUCUGUCACUGGAUCUGCUGGGGAAAAACGAUGAUGGUACUAUCGUUACAGCGACUCAGAUCAAGAUACAGAAUGCCCAAGAGAAAUACAUGCUGUUGCGAGAAGGUAGUGAAUUGAACGUGAAAAUCCUGAAAGCAGAGGAUGACCUCAAAGCACUGGAGAAUACAUUGAAGUUGAUGAAUUUUUCAAAUGAAAAUUACAAGCGUGGUUUCUCAAAGGUCGAAGAGGAUGAGCCGGAAAUGCAGCAGAUGCAGCAAAUACAAAAUGACUACUGCAAAGCAUUGACGGCUCUGAAAAGUGUUCGAACUGAUUUAGUGCUGAACACCGAUAACUUGCACAAUCUGAACGAGGAACGCGAGCAUAGUGAUAGGGGUUUAGAAGCAGCACAGAAACAUCGACUCGAUAACAAUGAUAUUCUGCUGAAGAUUCAGAAGGAACUUCUUGAUCAGAAGACGAAAAUUCAACGAGCGGAACGUGAGCUGCGGUUAGCUAUUAAAGCUGCCAAAUCGAAAACGAAUGAUGAAGAUCUGCUGGUCACGUUCCAGAAAGAUUUGAGCCUAAAGGAGCUCGAAGAGAGAAACAGCCUGGUACUGCAUCAAAUCGCUGAUCUGAUCGAACUAUUCCCGGAGAUGAAUCCCACGGUGAACAAGUAUUUCUAUGACAAGGGGUUAAGACUUCCCACGGUGCGUCGCACUAAAAGUCAGAUCUCGUGGCGUAGUGAGAAUUCACCGGGAUCGGAGUAUAGCGGUCGGGCUGAUAGUACUUCCUCCAAACCUAUGUCGAAAAUGUCGAUCUGCUCCACGUCAACCCGCUCAUCGGAUUCGUCGGACAACAUUGCCAAAUCGUUCGAUAACAGAAUGAGCGCCGGGCUUUCGGUCAUUCUAAUUGAUUUCCCCGGAGCCAGUAGCAAGAAGACGCAGGGAACGAUGAAAAAGUAGUACGCGGGUAAUUCUUUCAAAUUCGAAUCGCUAAAUUUAAAUAAUAGCAAUAACCGGUUGA